CGAACCGCGCGUCUCCUGCAUUCUGAUGCAGUGGGCUCAAAUAGCAGGGCUUUCUCCAGCCACUCUGAAAUGCAUCCCCUUCCAUAUCAUCCAGACCCCUGCGAUGGCGCAGUCGACUCGCACUCCCGCUGGCUUCAUCCUCAGCUCUUCCCCGCAUAUUCCGUACAUUUUGUGAAAACCAGCCUCAACUCCGUCCUGAAUUUACCUGGCAAUUCACAUACCUACGCCAACGCUCAAUCACCAUCUAUGAUAUGCUUUCGAAAUUGACAUCAACCGGCUUGGUUUGUACUGACCCCUGGAUUGGCGUGAACAAAGUAUCCAUAUCCCCUUUGAAGCGGUUGGACUUCGAUGUCGGUAGCAACGGUUACUCCAACGCAAACCCAACGUCACGUACUAGGGAGGUUCGAAGACGACAAAUGGCAUUGUGCCUGUGACCCUCCUGAGCAAGCGGCCUUUUUCCAGGUAUCCAAGGAAACCCCAAACAAGGGGCGUUGGUUCUACACGUGCCAUAAGCCACGAGGACAGCAGUGCGGCUUCUUCCUGUGGGAGGACAAGGCGCAAGCUCAGGAGACGCUUGAGCAGAGGUCGGCUCUCAGCAACUUGGGGAGCAGCAGCCAUAGCCUUGGAACCGCCAACGUGCCGGUUACAAUGAGUGCAUGGAGUAAAGUCCAGCCUGGAUCUAGGGCCCGCCCCGGCAAGGAAGGGAGCAGUCGCGCCGAGACCCCUCAGUCCGAGGUUGCGUCAACAGUCAUCAGCGGGCCACUCCAUUCGCCCAGUAGCAGCGUGUUCCCAACACCACGACCGAGGCAGGGGGUCUUUCGUGGUAACCCCCGUAUAGUGGACCAUUCGUCGAGCUCAGAUGACGACAGCGAUGCGACGGCGGGCGCGGGUCGCCCAUCUAGUCGCAUCCAGCACCCGGCUCCGACAACUCACACCUCCAAGAGAAAGCGGCCCGCAAUCGAGGGUGUAGGCAGAGGCGGCACUGCGGAUCUGUCUGAUAUCGAUCCGGAUGACGCCCGGGAACUCGUCGAGCUGGCGGAUUGGGGCGAACGACUUCACCAAGCCCAGCAGUCGCAGCGGUCCCAAUUCAGCGACAGCCCUAUCACCCCAAGCCGGCACGCCACACGCACAGGCCACGGCGGUCUGCUAACUCCUGGGACAGGAAACAGCUUUGUCGCUCCAUCGGAGCCAGGAGGCAAACGUUUAAAGAAUGCUCAAGGUCUCGCGGCACCUUUCGCCCCGACCCCAACCCGGACUCAGAACUUUAUCUUCGCGGAUGCAGAAGCUGCCGCGGCGGCGGCGGGAGGAGGACAAGGCGGCUCGUCUUCGCAAGGGCGGCAGCAGCGCCCGCCCGGGGAUGACGACGCGGACAUUACCAAGGCGGUGUUGGACCUGCUCAAGGCGCAGCCCGUGUCGGCGGCGGCGCGGCAGGCGGUGCGGGAGAGGCUGAACCGGCACGCCCUCAUCGUGAGUGGCCUGGAAAGAGGCCGGAACGACGUGCGGGAUAAGCUGAAGUCGAGCAAACUCAAGAUUGCCGAGCUGCAGGCGCGUGUGGUCGAGCUCGAGCGCGAGAGGCAAAUGAGAAGGGCGGUGCUGAGGAACGAUUUGGAGGCGUUGUCCGAGGAGGUGGAAGACUAAGCUGCGGAAUUCAUCGAGCUGUUGUCUGGUGUCUUUCGUGCGUCAGCGAUUCACAGGGGAG